AAAGAAACAUUUAAACCUUAAAGCCUUAAUUCCAAUACCAAUACCACCAAGCAAUGAGCAUUAAUGGUGGCAAAAACUAAAAGACAGAACCCCAGAGGAUUGAAAUUAACAUUUCUGGUUUCCUCCAAACUUGAAAUGGGUUCCUUGAAAUCCAUGGUAAGAUUCUGCAGAGGGCCCAACUGAGAAUCGGGGAAGAGGGCCCUAUUCAGUUAACUACAUCUAAUCAAUCUAUCCUCUUGGCGCUUUGAAAGGACAAUCGUGGUUCCAUAUCCACCUCUCCUUCCGGCCAUGGCCAUGGCGAUUUCUUCCGGCAUUGCUCGAACCCCUUCUCCUUCGAUGCUUUCUAGAGACCAGUUGUUUCAUCUUUUUAGUCGCUUUUCUCAACUCACUUCUCUCCCUGAUGUGAAGAAACGGAUCGCCGAUGCUUUUCGGGAUGACAAUCAGGAAGCUGUUGCUGUGACAACAGCAAUCCAGGAGGAGAUCUUUUCGGAAAUGGGAGUUGACGCAGGAUUUGGUAUAUCCUGUUUAGGGAAAUUGAGUUCAUAUUACGAGAAUGAUCUCGAGCUCAUGGUUCAUUUCUACAAGUUUGUCGCAAUGGAAGAGAUGGCUUGUGAUGAAGCAGAGCUUGAACCAGACGAGUUUGCUGAAAAAAUGAAUAAUCAGCAAAAACUACAUGAUAAGCAACUGGAGAUGCUGCAACAUAUGCGCAAACUGAACUCUGAUGAUCAAUCUGCCAUUCUGGAGAAGUUACACCAGCAGCUGGAGAGUGUGGAAUUUGACAGUUCGGCAUCAAUUCUGUCAUCAGAAGAGAUUCAGGAGAUUGUUCAAAGGACGAGUCCCGCCUCUGUUUAGUCCAGAAGUCAAAAUUUGACAAAAAAAGUAAUGAAAUGCUACAUUAAACAUCUAUUAUACAAAAAUAUUCUGUGCAUUCAAGUGCACGACCGCACCUUACUGAAAA